AUGCCCUUCAUCUAUAUUAACCUCCUACUAGCUUUUUCUAUCUCCUUCAUUGGCCUAUUAAUAUACCGCUCCCAUCUAAUAUCAUCCCUCCUAUGCCUUGAGGGAAUAAUGCUAUCACUGUUUAUUCUAGGUUCCCUACUCUGUCUCAACAUACACUCCACCCUCUCCAUAAUAGCCCCAAUAAUUCUGCUAGUUUUCGCAGCAUGUGAAGCUGCCGUGGGCCUAGCGCUUCUUGUCAUAGUGUCAAAUACAUACGGACGAGACCACGUACAAAACCUAAACUUACUUCAAUGCUAA